AUGGAGGAGUCCUUUAUGGCUGGCACAAACGAUGACUUUGCAGCACUUUUGGACACACGGCCUCAGCGCGUUGCUUUGUCGAUGCUGAGGAGCCAGAAGGUCAAGGCCAUGAAGAGGAACCAAGAACAGCAAAGCAUGAUCUUGUCCGAAGUUGCUGAACAGCGAGAAAAAGUCACCGAAGCUCAGUGGAAUUACUUCGUGUCAGCGCUGAAGCAGGACCAGACUUCAUUGCAGAAGGAUGCCUAUGUGCGUGUGACUUCAGUGAACAAGAUGGACCUCAUGAUGGGCGAGGUUGCCAAAAUGAAGGCGGCUGAUGCAGGGUGCUCACAGGACCAGAUCGGGGUUCUGUCAUGGGCCGACUUCAAUUGUCCUUGGGCGAGGACAAAAGAAAACAGCCAGUCCAUCCUCAGAGGAAUGGCAUCGCUGAACGAAGCGAACCCGGCUGGCACAGCAGGCCUGCUGAUUCAGCCCGACUCCGCCAGAGACAGCAGUCUUCGGGGAUUGUAUGACGAGGAGCGUCAACUGUUCGACAGCUUGUUCAGCAUGAGCCAAAGCUGCGAAACACGUUUCGUGGAAGUCUUCAGUCGUGAGAGCAAGAAGGCAGAGUCCAAAUCAAAUGCAAGGAAGUUCGGUUCAGGACGACUGGUGACUUCGUCCUCUUUGAUGGACUCUAACGGCUGGCUCGCUUCAGAAUUGGCUGUCUACGGGCGCUUCGUCGGGGCGAACGAGAGCAGUGACAGCGUUGCUCCUUUGGCCAUUUUGCCAAAAACGGCGAGCUUGCUCAUCCCUGAACCGGACACUGUGCGCAUUGCAGACAGGCUCAGACCAUCUCAUGAACAGGUGGCGGCGCAGAAGGGUGUAAUGCGCCUGGAGUUUUUGGUCUCGUCUGUGUUGAAGUACACAUCCUUCCCUGCAGUAUUGAUAGUAAACCUUACUGGCUACGUGGAGGAACUUGCUAUUGCAGUUGCAAACAUGAGAUGCAAGAAGCCGACAUUGGUAGCAGACUGCCCGAUGCCAAGUGAUAAGCUCUACUACCUGAGCGUCCACACUUUGGACAACAUGGAGGGGGUCAAAUACGGCAAGAGCAGGGUCCACAGGGAGUUGCUGGACAUGUGGCUUGAGAAGAAGUUCACAUAUGGUGGCCAUGGCUUCAACGAUCAGUCAGAGAAAGCCGGGAUCGAUUGCUACAAGUACAUGAAUGAUCCUGCCAGCUUGGAACUUCAAGUUCUUGUGAAGAGCGGCUCUGACUUUAAGAUCCACCCUGACCAGAUGAGGUUUGCGGAGCUAAAGGCUGAUCACGAGAAGAAUUUUCAGCCUGUGUUGAAGAACAUCAUUGCCGCGUCAGCCAGUGUCGAUCGCGAAGGGCCCGAGGCGGAAGCAGCUGUUGUCCCUGCUGAUGGUGGUGGUGAAGGGGAGGACACGGAGCUCAAGUCCUAUGGCAGUGUGGAGGAGCUGGAGAAAGAUGAUGGUCCUUUUGUAGCUCGGUGCAUGUCCGAGAUUGCUGGUAUUGAGGUGAUCAAGGGCAAGUCUGAGAAAGUCUACUUGGUCAGUGUUGACAAGCGCCGCAUUGUGCCUAAGCACACUUUGCUUGGUGGGUAUGGUACUGGCAAGUAUCAGCCAGUUGUUCCUGGGGAGCCCUUGGAUGAGAAACAAAGCGUUCUGCUGAAAUGGGAUCUUGGCGACAAAACGCCAAUACAGAUCGACAUGUCGUCCCUCAAUCCUGACAGCACUGCCAUGGAUGUCAUGACAUGUUACCGCUACUUCACCAUGCUGGAGAAGCAGAAGAAGGCGACGCAGUAUGAGCUGUCCUACAGCGAGGUGACAAGGCAGGUCGAUGCAAGUGGAGACUCCUUCAAGAUCCAGUUGAAGAGCCCGCGCAUGUAUCGAACAAUGCCGGAAUCUUGGCCCAGCUACGACCGUGUGCACGGCGUGACAAAGCUGCAGAAGCCCUAUGUGAUGUCGCGAGUGGCUCUCACUCUUGAGCAGGGAAAACCCUUGGCCACUUGA